AGCCGUCUCACGUGAUACGGGUCUCUACAGAGAAACUAUUAAUCGUCCCGGCAGCCUUUGCGCCUCCUUUUUUUUUAGCCAUCGGCGCAAGAUGUCUAAGCGAGGACGUGGUGGUUCUUCUGGUGCAAAAUUCCGUAUCUCGCUAGGUCUCCCUGUGGGAGCUGUCAUCAACUGUGCAGAUAAUACCGGGGCCAAAAAUCUGUACAUCAUCUCCGUGAAAGGGAUUAAGGGGCGCCUGAACAGACUACCAGCUGCUGGCGUGGGAGACAUGGUAAUGGCUACUGUCAAGAAAGGCAAGCCAGAGCUGAGGAAGAAGGUGCAUCCAGCAGUAGUAAUUCGUCAGAGGAAAUCAUACAGAAGAAAAGAUGGUGUGUUCUUAUACUUUGAAGACAAUGCAGGGGUGAUAGUUAAUAACAAAGGAGAAAUGAAAGGUUCUGCUAUCACAGGCCCCGUAGCCAAGGAAUGUGCAGAUCUGUGGCCCAGGAUCGCCUCCAACGCUGGCAGCAUUGCAUAGGCCUAUCUUGUGCUGUUCGUAAAAAUCUAAUAAAAGUGGUUGUACCAAA